UAUUGCUCCCUCACACGUAGUCCCUUAGGUAAGCUGGUUUUGUAAUUGUUCUUUUACCCCUGCCUUCUAACUGCACCUCUGCAUUCAUAUCUGCACUUGGCUCUUGACUUGUUGUUCCUUGCAUUCUGCUAUCAACGAAGUUGGAUACUUCGACCUCGUCGUUAAGGUUUACUUCAAAGGGUUGCACCCUAUGUUCCCCAACGGUGGGAUCAUGUCUCAAUAUUUGGACUCUCUCCCCAUUGGUUCUGUCUUGGACGUGAAGGGCCCACUUGGCCACAUUGAAUACACUGGAAGAGGAAACUUCCUCGUUCAUGGGAAGCCAAGGUUUGCCAAGAGACUAGCCAUGUUGGCUGGUGGCACCGGAAUCACACCCAUUUACCAAGUGGUUCAAGCCAUUCUAAAGGACCCAGAGGACUGCACCGAGAUACAUGUGGUUUAUGCGAACCGAACCCAGGAUGAUAUAUUGCUGAGGGAAGAGCUUGAUGAGUGGGCUAAGAAGCAUGACAGGUUGAAGGUGUGGUACGUGGUACGAGAAAGCAUAAGAGAAGGGUGGGAAUACAGUGUGGGGUACAUCACGGAAAGUAUCAGGAAGGAGCAUAUUCCAAACGCAUCUCCUGAUACCUUGGCGUUGACUUGUGGACCACCCCCCAUGAUUCAGUUCACGGUGCAGCCGAAUUUGGAAAAGAUGGGCUACGACAUCCAGAACAACUUGCUCGUGUUUUAGGGGACUAAGGUAGAAGAUUGUAUAUGUGU